AGUAGAACGCACAACUUCACACUUUGAUGAAAUAUAUGGACUUUUAUUGUACUUUAUCUUUGAUGGGAUAACAAUUGUUAGGACUGAGCAAGGCGAGAAUGGUUACAUUCAACUUUACCUUGGUAAUACAACUUACGCGGAGGGUACAAGAAAACGUGCCCUACUUCCUAUUCCGUCUGUAAACACUUCCGGGAUGAAACACUUUUACCUGAGCCACCUACUUGUUGUCACUCUUCCCCGAUAAGAGGAAAACAAGUUUGAAUUAGUUUCUUUAAUUGUGUGAACUGUCUUUGUUUUUUCACCGUCAUUACGGUUAGAUUAGUCGUGAUUAUUUACCGUAAUCACGUUUAGCACAAUACCUCGGGAGCAGGUUGGACUUGCCUGAUUAUUUCGCCAUGGACGUGUUGAUAAAUGUUAUCAACCAAAGUCAAGGAAGGGACCGUAUUUUCAGGGCAACUCAGUACGCAUGUGCUUUGUCUGUGUAUGCUCUCCGAAACAACUGUGAGCAAAGAGACCUUGUGGAGACACUUAAGAGCUUGGAGGCCAACAUGAGUGCUGGACGAAAGCUGUUGAGGCUGGGGAAUGCAAUAAAUGCCAUUGAGGCAGCCAAGCGGGCUGUGCGACUCUCAGAUCGAGUGCUCUGCCUUUGCCUUACCACCGCCAACAUCAACCGUGCACUCUACUUUCUCUGCGACAACACGCUGUGGGCAGAGAAUGUGGGCCUUAUUGGCGGUAUUCACAAGGAACGCUGGAGCUAUAACGCCUCUCGUUACUACCUGUUCUCGCUCAUUAUGAGCCUGACUAGAGAUGCUUAUGUCAUCUGGCAGUUGAUGGCACAGAGAGCGAGAGAUAAACGCUUCAGGCAGAAGAUGGAGACACAUCUCAAUGAGAGUCCUGAAGUAGCUGAUGUCAUAAUCCCGCAGUUGGAUGCUUUCCUGUUUUUGCUGCUACACAGCUUAAAAACACAGCCCUCUGUUGUCUUGGAUGCCAUCAAAAACAUUUGCGAUCUGUCCCUGCCUUUGGACAAGUUGGGUAUCUACAAGACAAAUGCAGGGGUGGUUGCGUUUUGUGGCCUGGUAUCCUCGCUGAUUGGGAUUGUUACGCUCUUACAACCCAAUUUGAAAAUCAAACCGUGAUGAUGCGUAAUUCUAUGGUUCAAACUUAAUUAUUCUGUCGUCUGCCAACAGGUAACCUUGUGGGCUUAGAGGUGAGACAAUCAUAUAGGGCAUACCUUAAUUAGUAUUACGGUUGUGUCCCCUACCUACAAAGCAGGUAGUACCAAUGACUAUUUCUAGUACCUGCACAGCAGAGGUUCCACAUGGGUGACAUAAAUCGCUGUCGAUCACUUAUUAUUUGAGCAAAUUCAUCAUCAACAGGUCAACACCUGCUUACCCUUUUGUCUUAUGCUCUACAGCAGGGAUGUCCAAAGUACGGCUUUCAGCUUGUUUUUUCAUUGUCCCACAGCACACUCUAAAAAUGCAAUAAACAAGAAAACUAAAAUAAUAGCAAUUCGGUGGCACCUCGGGUAGUGUGAUUUAAUCUGUUCCAGAAGGAUCGACUCAAACUGAAACACAAUCUAACAUACUCUCUAACAUAUCAGAAAUAAUCCAAUUCAUCUGUUCUGGACACCCAAAGAAGUUUAACACAAAACCUUUGUUUUGAUAGUUUUACAAUUGGUAUUUCUCACCUUCCUUAUCAACUUGUUGCCUCCAUCAUGGGUUAUUUUGCAGCCAUGAUCAAUGAGAAAAGCAGAGACUUUUGGAAUAACUGUUAUUUAGCAAAUAACUACAGUCAACCGCUGAUGAUGUCAUGGAUAGGUUCCAUUUUCAGAUUUCCAUUUUGCAAACAUACUAACAUUUUGUAAUAAACAUAUGUUGUGAACACAGUUGGACCCACGCAGAGUAUUAAUAACACACCAAGAUGAGCUCAAGGGGAAAUAUACACGAACCGAGGCAAAAUAUUUGUGUACAUUUUCAGCGUAAACUGAAAAACACACUAACCAAGGUUCCACUGUAUUCUUCUUAGGGUUGCUUUUAGCCUGUUUAUUAAAUUCAAAACUGGCCGCUGAAUCCUUUGAUUUUUCACUAUGUUGCCCUGGCUUGUAAAAGUUUGGACAUCCCUGCUCUACAGUCUUCACUUGCUUCUAGCAGUCCAGUUUCCUUGCUGCCGUCAGUCACGUCUUGGACAAAAUGUGGCUCCUACCAUGAAAAAUCAAAAGAUGUAUCCACUGCUGAUGUUCGAUAGCAUGUAUUGUAUUGGCAGUUUCACCUGGUAUUAUGUGGAAGUGGAACAUCAACGCUCCCUGUGCAGUGAAAAAGUGGCCUUAAUAAGUGGACAUUCAGUAUUUGAUUCUAUGCAGUUUCAUAUUUUGAUUGUCUAUUUAAUUUAUUGAAUGGGGACCUCGUUUGAAAUGACUUGAACGUGACGAAAUGGAACAAAGCCAGUGAUAUUUUAAUAUUUUCUUACUGUAUGUAGUCAUCCUUGAUCGCAUUUAGGAUCAACACGCUGCUAACAAGGUACAAAACAAUAAUAAUUUUGCACCUUCUUUGAUUGUUCUGUAUUAACAAACCAGGUUUUUAUUUCAUGGUAGCACAGUAUAAUAGUAUAUAAGUAAGAUCGCAAAGUAUUUAUUCAGUCAGCUCAACUGCAAUCAGUGUUUUCUUGUUGCUAAGAACCUUGAUUGUUGGCAUACACUGUACAUGUAUGUCAUAAAUCAAAACAGUACAUUGCCCAUCAUGAGUGACUGUAUUUUCAAGUUUCAUUGCAUAUUUUCACUUGACUAUUGUUUGAAAAACAAGCUGAUAUCUGAGCCAAUAUCCUUAGACAACUUUUGACAAAUGUCUCUAAUUUCAUGUUUAUAAUAUGUACUUAACACUGACUAUUAGCCACUAUAACAUGUUAAUGUUAGAUCAUUCUUGUUUGACAAUAUGGACUGUAUGUGGCUUUUUAACAAAUCUGUAAAAUAAUCAACUUUGUUCACCAUUCCAUUCUUUGAAAUGUGUAUUUAGUUUCAUAUGUACACACAAUUGUUCACAUGUUUAAUUGAAAAUAGCUUUAUUUUCAAUUUUCAUUGUAUGAGACAAAACUUUUUUUUUCCUUUCCUAAAAGCUUUUUCUCACGAGGAUGACAUUUGCAUCCCGCCAGCAAAAUAGCAGAAAAAUAUAUUCCCUUUCACUGUACUUUCACGUGUUGAGGUUUUAUUGACAAUGCAAUGACAAAUCCUGGAAAAGAACUAAAAAAAACAAAAAACAUAAGAAAUACAUUUGUUCUCCUCUGUAGAUAAAAUGUUGUGACUAAAUCUUUUAUUCCACAUUCGCUUGAGGCCAUGCUGUUCCAGGACCAACAAAGCAGACCUGUAACCAAUGUGGAGAGAACUGAGGGCAUCUUGUCUUUGAAUAUGCAAAUUAUACACUAAGAUUUUUAAUAUGUGGGAAGGCUUUUUCUCACUAUACCUGCUCUUUUUCCAUUUGACAAGGCAGUACAGUAUAUUCAACAAUGCACUUUCAAUAGUGGCGACAGUGUGUAACUACUUGUGUAUAUACACCUUUUUAAAAAAGUCUGUCAAUGAAAAGGCACAUUUGUAUUAACUAUUCCAACAUCUUGGAUUGUAUUUCUGAUUACUGAGCAAGUUACUCAUUGAUUAGUUAUACUGUGUAAUUAAUAUUUGUUCCUUCAGGUUGUUGGAAAAAGCCUCUACCUUACUUGUUGGGUAUUUUUGUAGUUCCUGAUAAUGGCUUAAAAAUGUGUUAGUACCAUUUUGUUUGGAUUUUUGUUGCAUCUGAGCUGACAUUUCACUCUUAAAAUGACAAAUUGAUUUAAGUACCCAAAGUGGAGCCCAUGUCGAAUAAAAAAUGUAAAGAAAAAUCUGCAUUCAAAACCAUUACCAGUGCUAAUAAAUAUUUUUUUCACAAAUGUGCUAAGACACAAGUCCCACGUACUUCAAAUAUCCCGAAAUGUGAACCUUAAAACAAAGAAACUGCUCAAUAUACGUAUGUACUGUAGUAAGUCUGAUGGGUGUAUUAAGUGUUAAAAAAAAAAAAAAGUACACUGCUGUAGUAAUGAUUUGUCAUGACUGGACUGGACGAUAAGUUUCAAAUAUUGAGUCAAAACAACAAGAGACAACAUUAAGAUACAGAAAGACAUAAACCGCAAAGAUAAGACUACAAUCCAGUACUGUAAAUAAAUUAAACAUGAA